AUGGCCCAAACGGCCAGUGCUAUUAAUAGCACAAACCACACACACAGGCCAACGUGCACGGGAUCAGCUACGACGUAUGUUAUAGUCCAAACAAAUGACUCGUGGCCCCUGCAAACGAGGACAUUGGGUGUGGUAGACGGGAUUGUCAGAUAUAUCUCAAUGACUGUAUACAGCAAGCGUUUAGUGGUAGACAGGAUGGUCAGAUAUAUUUCAAUGACUGUAUACAGCAAGCGUUUGGUGGUAGACGGGAUUGUCAGAUAUAUCUCAAUGACUGUAUACAGCAAGCGUUUGGUGGUAGACGGGAUGGUCAGAUAUAUUUCAAUGUCUGUAUACAGCAAGCGUUUGGUG